AAAAAAAAUCAACCAUCGAUUAUUUCUUUCUCCAUACGCAUUUCCCAACGACUUUUCUGCGACAACAAAAGAAAGCUUUCAGUUCUUUGUAGUCGUACAGCUGAACGACUGCAGACACUCUGUUUCAAUAUUUUUGACCAAGCAAGAAACAGCGAUCUUCGUCUGUUGACCCUUGAGUGGUCAUCCGUUAGAGGUGAACCGCCUUGACACGUUUACCCUAACAAAGAAAAUUGUCAAGAAUAGAACACACUUCCUUUCCCCUUUCAUCUUUCAUCUUCAACCCAAACAUUUUCGCCCUUCAAGCUCUCUCCUCGCUGUACAGGGAGCGAGGAACCCACAACUGCUGAAGCUCCUGCUAUAGUUACCGUCCUACUCCCGCCCGGAUCGUUGCAGACCCUGGCGGUUGAGGUUCGGUAAUCCGGCUCGACCUAUCCAAACGACGAAAACUGCUUUUCUGCCACCCAAACAUACCAACCACCUUCGCUUCUUGCUCAACCAUUGAUCAACAACUGGAAUCUACUUUUUCCAAACGCGCUUCCACCAUAGACUCUUCUUUUUCCAUUCCAAUUACUAGCACAAAGACACAUACCCAUAUCAAAAGAUUAUCCUUAUCUCUCGAAGAACACGAAAUGUCAACUGUAGAAAUUUUGCGACCUACACACAACCCGGUUGAGUUUGAUAUCUCCCGAUCUCCUACCAUUCCUACGACAGCUACGACGACAGCUACAUCUACCACAUCUUAUCACGACUUUGUUCAAGAAUUGCUUUCAUCUCCCAACCAUCUUCGGUUAACAGCCGAAGGUUUCUCCGCAGAAUCACCCUCUUCUGCUUCAUCUACAAAUGGGGAACGGUUGUUCCCAUCUCUUCCGCCUCUUCAUUAUGGCCACUCAGAUCUACAUCUCCGAAAAGGCAUCAUGAACGCCUCUCAUUUAGCUAGUGAAGGCGAAGUCGAUGCUGAAAAAGCCUUUUUUGUCGCUGACCUCAGCAAGGUUUAUGCCCAAUACCGACGAUGGGUAUCUUGUCUACCCGAAUUUAAACCCUACUACGCUGUUAAAUGUAACCCGGACCCGUUCGUUCUCCGGCUUCUGGCGGCGUUGGGCACCGGUUUCGACUGUGCUUCGAACAACGAAAUAUCUCAGGUUCUUCAGAUCGGAGGAAGUAUCAGUCCCGACCGAAUUAUCUUCGCCAACCCGUGUAAAGCGCUUUCAUUCAUUCGGAAUUCUUGCAAGAUGGGCGUCGACAUGAUGACGUUUGAUAACUGCGAUGAGCUGUACAAGGUCAAACGUGUUCAUCCGAACGCCAAGUUGGUUGUUCGUAUUCUCACGGACGAUACGAAAAGUUUGUGCCAGCUCGGACUUAAGUAUGGCGCUCCUCUGUCUACUGUGCCUGGUUUGCUGGCAAAAGCGAAGGAGCUCGAUUUGAACGUGAUUGGGGUUUCCUUUCACGUUGGGAGCGGGUGCUAUGAUCCUUCCGUUUAUAUGGACGCUAUCAGGCGCGCCAGGUCUGUCUUCGAUAUGGGGUUAAAUGCGGGAUAUUCAUUUGAUCUGCUGGACAUUGGAGGCGGCUUUGAAGAUGGAUUGUUCGAACAAGGUGCCGCGGUUGUCAAAGAGGCCAUCGAUCAAUACUUCCCUGAUCGUCGAGGGAUCAGGAUGAUCGCUGAACCUGGACGUUUCUUUGUGGCAAAAGCGUUCAGUUUAGCCGCGAACAUCAUUGCUCGGAGAGCCCCGUUCCCGCACCCCACCUGUAAUUGGAACGAGGCUGCGCAACAGAUUGACGCUGAAGCUGAUCAACCGAGUGUUAUGUAUUACAUCAAUGAUGGGGUAUAUGGUGCCUUCAAUUGUAUCAUGUUUGAUCAUCAAACAGUGCAACCUUACGUUCUUUCCCUCGACGGUUCGUUCCACGUUCCAUCGACGGAGAUUCAAACCAAUUGCAGCGUCUGGGGUCCCACCUGCGACUCUAUCGAUUGCGUCUGCCCAUCUACCCGCUUGCCUAGCAGUCUUCGGGUGGGUGACUGGCUUGGAUUUGAUAAUAUGGGCGCGUACACUGUAUGUGCUGCCAGCCAGUUCAACGGAUUCGAGGUCAGCAAAGUGAUUUAUACCACCGGUGGUGGCGCCGCCGCCACUGAAGUACGAAACAUACUCGCUGCUUUCGCAUCUGCUUCUAGACAGCGCGGGUGACGGAGAGUGGUGGGUUUCGGGAGCAGAUUUUUUAUCCAUAUUCCAUUGAUACAACGGAUACGUCUCAUUAGAGUAGCCGUCUUACCCACCGCCGUUCAGCUGGACUCAUGCACCAUUCUAAGUAGCCUUCGCUGAUGUCUGUUUUUAAACUUGCCUUAAUCCCCCCAAUAUUCCCCCAACAACAAGGUUUCUCAACGCGUGUUAGGACUGUACUGACAUCGCGGUUCCGAACCACGAAUACGACAACGAAUCAGAUGCGAGCUUCGGAUUGCCAAUUGUUCUGUUUUCUAUGUCGUAUUCUUUUUCAAACCUGGCCCGC